AUGGCUGCUCGACCUACCGUUACCGUCUGGUCCGCCUCUGGCGAGUCUUCCGGCUCUGUCCCCCUCCCAGCCGUCUUCACCGCUCCUAUCAGGUUGGAUGUCGUUCAACAAGUUCACAAAUCCAUCGCUAAGAACAGAAGACAACCUUACGCUGUCGCUGAGAACGCUGGUCACCAAACCUCUGCCGAAUCUUGGGGUACCGGUCGAGCUGUCGCUCGUAUCCCUCGUGUAGGUGGUGGUGGUACCCAACGAUCCGGUCAAGCCGCUUUCGGUAACAUGUGUCGAGGUGGUCGAAUGUUCGCCCCUACCAAGACCUGGAGAAAAUGGCACGUCAAGGUUAACCAAAACCAACGACGAUACGCUGUCGCUUCCGCCUUGGCCGCUUCCGCUCUUCCUUCAUUGGUUCUCGCUAGAGGUCACCGAAUCGAACAAAUCCAAGAAGUUCCUUUGGUUGUCUCUUCUUCCCUCGAGUCAGUCACCAAGACCAAGGAAGCCGUCGAGUUGCUCAAGGCUACUGCCGCUUACCCCGAUAUCGCCAAGGUUUCCAACUCCCGAAAGCUCAGAGCCGGUAAGGGUAAGAUGAGAAACAGAAGAUACAGACAAAGAAGAGGUCCUUUAGUCGUUUACGCCAAGGAUGAAGGUCUCACCCGAGCCUUCAAGAACGUCCCAGGUGUUGAGACUUGCCCCGUUGAAUCCCUCAACCUCCUCCAACUCGCCCCUGGUGGUCACGUCGGUCGAUUCAUCAUCUGGACCGAAGCUGCCAUUGCCGCCCUUGACUCAGUCUACGAGAAGAAAUCUGGCUUCAACCUCCCCACGGCCAAGAUCACCUCUUCCGAUGUCACCAGACUCAUCAACUCUGAUGAAAUCCAAUCCGUCGUCAGACCCGCCGGUCCUGCCGUCCAAAAGAGACCUUUCACCCAAAAGAAGAACCCUCUCAGAAACAAGGCCAUCCUCUUCCGACUCAACCCUUACGCCAAGUCUCUCAGAAGACACGAACUCCUCAGACAAGAGCACGACAAGAAAGGUUCAGUCAAGAAGACCGCUCCCGGUGCUGCUGGGAAGGAAUUCCUCGAAAUCCUCCACUCUGCUUAA